GGUGGUUGUUUGUUGUGAGGUGGUGGGGUUCAUGUUUGUCCUUCAGUUGAGUGUCCUAAACUUGUAUGGGGUUUGUUUUUUAGUGUCCUUCUCCUUGGAGAUGUUCACUCUUAAUGCUGGUGAUGAAAGCCGUCACGGGGAAGUGGGUCGGAGAUGACCCUCCCUCUAUCUCCAUGCAGAAAUCAUUUCAUUAGUCUUUGUCCAGAAAUAGAAAAGAUAAAUGGACUUGUUGGUAAUUAAAUAUGACCUAUUGCAUUCAAAUGGUCAACAGUUGACAUCUGAAGUGGAAGAGAUGACAUAUGUAUUAAGACAAUGACAGUUAUCUGUUUAAUUUCCAAAUGAUGUGAUACUACCCCUCCUUUACGCUGUGGAUCGCUCAUGUGACAUUUUGUUCCGUGUUGUGUUUUUGAAAAAUCCCCAGUUCCAGGUCGACAUUGUUCAUUUGAAUAAAUUGCAGCACUUUUCUGUUCUAGCUGCUUUAUGAAUUUUAAAUAGAAUCAAUUACACUCCCCCAUCUCACUUAGCCCAUAACCAAGCUUUUCACAAGAUUCAGUGCUUUACAAAUGAUUGAUGAAAUAUAGGAUGUUCAAACAUUUGUAAAACACUUUAGAGACUCAUGAAAACCUAAGCAAUCAAUAAUAGAAAAGACCACCGUAAAAGAAACGAUAUAUAUAUAUAUAUAGAUAGCAGCAUAAUAAGAAUAAUAAUAAAUAUUCAGUCAGAGCUUAAACAGAAGAACCAGAGGACCUUAAUAAUACUAAUACUAAUAACCUGAGUUUCUAUAGCAAGAGCCAACAACACUUUACAUGUCAGGUUCAAAAAAAGGGACCUUACUGUUUCAUAAAGCAUUUCUGAUAAAUUGUGUUAAUUUCAAAAUCAAUAGGAAGUCUAACAGGUAACCAGUGUAACAAUGGGUGUCGUGUGUGCUCUCCUUGUUGAAUGAAUUGUAACUGAAGUGUGUUCUUGGGUAGACCUGAAAGAAGAAUGUUUGAAAGCAUGCAUCAGUCCAAUAGGCUAAUGUGGUUGAUUUAAUUGUCAGAACUUAACUUCUUCAGGUUAAUGAUUAAAAAAAUGCCUUGACUUCACAUGAUGUUAAAUGAUCAUAAAAUCGGUUUUGUCGCUCAUAAACUGGCAUCAGCUGUGGGAGAAUACAGUUUACAGCCUGCUCUCAUUUCACGAGGGCUAAUCCACCUUCUGCAUAUCUGCACCUUGAUUUAUCACUGGAAGAUGCACGGUCAACGUUGGUGUCUGUUAUGGAGCGUCCGGUUUGAAUGCGCUUGCCAUUGUGAUUGAGAACUUAAUACUGCCGUUUAGAGUGAGUGAGUGAGUGAGGAGGCUCGCUGCUCUCCUGUAAAGACGACCAGCAGCACCAAAAUAUCUCUGCAAUGCCAGGACGGCGGCGUGCUGGAAGUGUGUUUAAGAAUAGACCCACAAUGGGGCUCACUCCUGUCUUCCGUUGUCUGAGGACACACGGCAGUUGUCUGCAGGGGACAGAGGCAGAGGUAAGACAAGAGGGUCUGCGUGGUUCAGAGGAGAGAAUCUCUGUUUCAGAUUGUCACUGGAAACUUUGUGUGCCUGGAGGUAGUUGUGCCACUGGAAACAACUCUGCCCCUGGGAAAGGGUAGAUGUGGAAGGAGGAGAAGAAAGGUAGUUGGAUAAGGAUUGAGGUGGUGGCUUAGUUUUUGAUGUGGCCUGGAACCUGAGGACCAGAAGAUCAAGUGUGUAAUCAUGGCAGGACCAAGUGCUUCUGAGAUCAUCUUCAUCUCUGUCAAUCACAGCAUCACUUUGAUGGGGAAGGUGUGGCUCAUUGUGAUGCUCGUCCUCCGCAUCCUGAUCCUCCUCUUCGCUGGUUACCCUCUCUACCAGGACGAGCAGGAGCGAUUCGUGUGCAACACCAUUCAGCCUGGUUGCGCCAACGUGUGCUACGAUCUGUUCUCCCCCAUCUCUCUCUUCCGCUUCUGGCUGGUGCAGCUCGUCACCUUGUGUCUCCCUUACUUCAUCUUCAUCAUCUACGUGGUUCACAAAGUGUCCAAUGGCCUCUGCGUGGAUCUGAACACCUCUGGUCACGCCACGCCAUUGUUCAAGAUCCGUCAGGAGCCGUUCAGCAAGACGUCCAUGAACAAGGCACCUCUGGUAGCUGAGAGCUUCACGGGAGGAUACAUCCUACAUCUGAUGUUUAGGACUUUGCUGGAGGCUGGGUUUGGAGCUGCUCACUACUAUCUGUUUGGUUUCUAUAUCCCCAAGAGGUUCCUGUGCCAGCAUCCGCCGUGCACCACCCAGGUGGACUGCUACAUCUCCAGGCCCACAGAGAAGACCGUGAUGCUCAACUUCAUGCUUGGCGGGGCUGCUCUGUCCCUUUUCUUAAACGUGUUGGAUUUCAUCUGCGCAAUCAAGCGCUCAGUGACGCAGAAGAGCAAGAAGAAGAUGAUGGUGGCGAAAAUAUGUGAGGAAGAGCAAUGUUUCCUUUCAGGCGGGGGGACUUCUAAGGGAAUGGACAUAAAUGCCCCCCUGGCUCAGCAGGAUUUAGAGGGGGAAGCUGGUCAAAUGGGGGGUUUCCGGAAGAGGCGAGGCAGUGGAGGGGGGGUGCUUGCUUCAGCUGUAGAGCCACCUCUCUUGGAGAACUCCUCUCUUCACCGCUCUCCAGGAUCCACAGGAGGCAACACCAACGGGAACAACGGUUAUUCUGUCACCCAAGAGGAGCCUCCGGAAAGAAACGGCAGCGAGGUUGCUCUCUGUCCCCCAGAGCCAAUGGGGACGCCCAGAUCCAUUCGCGUUAGCAAACGGAAUAGAGUCAAACCGCCCCCUCCUCCCAGACGGGACCUUGGGUUGCCCCCUGGGGCAUCGGUGGGGCCAACUGCGGAUGGUUCCACAGCAGCAAAAACCUGUACGAGAAGGGUGGGUCAGUACACGCUGGUGGAGCUGGGUAGUGGUGCAGAGCUUCAGAGCAAUGAUGAUGCACAGGACAAAAGAUCAGAGUGGGUUUGACUGCUUUCAUUUCCAGGUUAUUUUGAAUCCUAAGAGUGAGGCACAUGGAUGUGAGAGUAAUGUGAGAAAGGGAUUGGGUUUACACAGCGGCAGCAACUGUUGGAGCUGACUUCCUGCCCUGCUCUCUACCUCAGUUUACAACACAGGCGGCACUGCCACUCGGAGAAUCCAGAACAUCAAUUUAUUCACCGAGGCGCAAUCACACACAUUGCCUUUGUUUCUAUCCCAGUGAUGCAAAACAACAAGAAUUUAAGUCAUGACUUUGUAAAGUCAUAACAAAACAGGUCAGGAAUGACAGGACACUCGAGCCUCAAGUGUCCCUGAGCAAAUCUCAACCUUGAGAAAAUCUAAAAAGAGUGCAGUCCACCUGUUUGUCCCCUUGUUGGCAUUUCCCCACCACUAUGACAGACUGUUCAUAAACAAAAGCAGGCCUUAACUUCCCACCUAAACAAACACCCACCCCUACCAUCGUCAUUCUUUAUGAUACACCCAAAGACCUUCUCUGGUGUGUGAGGGUCACGGGGGUUAAUGUGGAUGCAGGUAGCCUAUGGGCCCGGAGCCUGGAUGUUAUGGUAACCUUUUUGGAGGUCGUAAUGAGAGACGGUCAUCUUGCUUUGGUGCUGUUACUUGGCUCGGGGAAGAGAAUAGGAUUCCUCUGUCAGAAGAGAAGGACACGACGAAGUCCCCUAAAGCCGGCAUAGGAUCACAAAGCAAUUAGGUUCCCCCAUAGGGGCUCUGUAUUUAUGGAGACAGCUUGUCACUCUAUUUCAGGGCCUCGUGGAGCUUAGGAGGAAUACAAGCCUUAACAUACACUCACACUAGAAAUAGAGCAUGGCGGAGCUCUGCAAAGGAGCAGCGUGGUCUGCUGCCCUUCAGGAUAUCUGCACCCUGCUCACUUUGAUUUCCCGUCAAAGCUCAAUCUCUAAUGUGGGACACGUGUCGAUCACAGACAUGAUAAUAAUAAAACCAUUUUGCUUUUUGCUGAGAGGUUUCUGGGUUUCUCAGCAGUUUCUGAACCUCCCGGGACUGUGACACUCCCACAGUAAAUCAGCAGCAUCACCCCUGGAUUGUCGCUCUAUAGCUGAGGGGCCAGUCUUUGUGUAAAUGGAGAGCUUUUGAUCUUCCUCCUCUUAUGGGCUCUUUUGAAGCAGCACAAAAAGCUCCUGGCGUCAUAUCUCACCUGUAUCCAUGGAGCGCUGCACCCAGAGAAGCACGACCUCGGGGGGGGGGGGGAUUUCACUGGGAC